UUCUGUUGUUGAGUCACCGGUAAAACCGUUACUCGGAAGCGAAAGCCGACACUGUCCGUUAUUAACAGCGCCUCCGGUCCUCCUCGUUUCUCCUCCCGGCUCUUCAGCACUUACACCGGCCACGCUUUCUCCUCCACGGGGUUGAGAUGUUACAGUUUCGGUCAACGGUCGCGCUCAAGGAGUUAUUUCAGACCCAGCUGAAGCGUCCGUUGACAGGUGUAGUUAAGUCGUCACCUGCCGCCGCCGCCUGCUUCAGCACGGGCUGCUUGGAUGGCAGAUCAGCGGGCAGAGGGAGGGCGUUUGUGCCGCAGCACCUCGCCAGGAGGCACGGUGUGAGAGGCUUCUGCUCCAAGGGGGACGGACAGAAUGAAGUCGCUGGGAAGGACUCAUCGACGGAGAAGAGAAGGAAGGCAGGCAUCCUGCCCAGCCUGGAGGACCUGCUCUUCUACACCAUCGCAGAGGGCCAGGAAAAAAUCCCGGCACAUAAAUUCACCACAGCUCUUAAAGCCACGGGGCUUCGCACGGGAGACCCCCGGCUGAAAGAAUGUAUGGAGAUGCUGAAGGUGACCUUGAAGACGACCUCUGAUGGAGCACUGGACCGACACCUCUUCAAAAAGUGUGUCCAGAGCAACAUCGUCCUGCUCACCCAGGCCUUCAGGAAGAAGUUUGUCAUCCCAGACUUCCAGCCCUUCUGCGCCCACAUGGACGAGCUCUUUGAGAACGCCAAAAACAUGUCAGGAGGGCAGGUGGCCGACUACAUUCCCCAGCUGGCCCGCUUCAGCCCGGACCUGUGGGCCGUCGCCCUGUGCACCGUGGACGGACAGAGGCACACUGUGGGCGACACCAAGGUUCCCUUCUGCCUGCAGUCCUGCGUGAAGCCGCUGAAAUACGCCAUUGCCGUUCACGACCACGGCACAGAGUACGUGCACCGCUUCAUCGGCAAAGAGCCCAGCGGCCUGCGGUUCAACAAGCUCUUCCUGAACGAGGAAGAUAAGCCGCACAACCCCAUGGUUAAUGCUGGAGCUAUUGUCUGUACCUCCCUCAUCAAGCAAGGGGCGAGCAACGCUGAGAAAUUUGACUAUGUCAUGAACUUCAUGAACAAACUGGCAGGAAACGAGUAUGUGGGCUUCAGCAACGCCACUUUCCAGUCAGAGCGAGAGUCUGGAGACAGAAACUUUGCCAUCGGCUACUACCUGAAGGAGAAGAAGUGUUUUCCAGAGGGGACGGACAUGACCUCCAUCCUUGACUUCUACUUCCAGCUGUGCUCCAUCGAGGUCACCUGCGAGAGCGCCAGCGUCAUGGCGGCGACCCUGGCCAACGGCGGCUUCUGUCCGAUCACAGGAGAGCGCGUGCUGAGCCCAGAGUCUGUGCGAAACACUCUGAGUCUGAUGCAUUCCUGCGGCAUGUACGACUUCUCCGGACAGUUUGCUUUCCACGUCGGUCUGCCGGCUAAAUCUGGGGUCGCCGGGGGGAUUCUGCUGGUUGUUCCAAACGUGAUGGGCGUCAUGUGUUGGUCUCCUCCGCUCGACAAGCUGGGGAACAGCGUCAGAGGCAUCCAGUUCUGCACGGACCUGGUUUCUCUCUUUAACUUCCACAACUACGACAACCUGCGACACUUUGCUAAGAAGCUGGAUCCUCGCAGGGAGGGCGGAGACCAGAGGGUGAAAUCUGUGAUCAACCUGCUGUUUGCUGCGUACACCGGAGACGUCUCAGCCCUGAGGAGGUUUGCGUUGUCCUCCAUGGACAUGGAGCAGAGAGACUACGACUCCAGGACGGCCCUGCAUGUGGCGGCUGCUGAAGGGCACGCUGAGGUGGUCCGCUUCCUGCUGGAGGCCUGUAAAGUCAACCCAGUUCCCAGAGACAGGUGGGGGAACACACCGAUGGAUGAAGCUGUCCACUUCGGUCACCACGACGUGGUGACCAUCCUCCGCGAUUACCACACCCAGUACAGCCCUCAGGAAAACGUGGACAACAAGCAGAACGCAGAGAAGAACCUGGACGGUCUGCUCUGAAGGAAACGAGCUGAAGAAGAGAGGCUGGACGGUUGUGAGAAAACGUCUUAAAUGUGGAUCAGAGAGGAAAACAGUUCAAACUGUACAGUGGAAACAAUCCCUUAACUUAAACCGUACACGCAGGGCAGCCGCCACCCCACCUCAUGCCGGUAGAUGUCGUUGGUUUUUUGUAUAUUAAUGUACUUUUUAUUUCAGUUCUCCUUCUGUAUCUCGUCAUCAGCUCUGUAGCUUUGUAGGAAGCAACCAGCCGCCACGUUGAAUGCUGGGUAAAUUCAGCUGUGGCUGGUAGGUCAACGGACUCCAUGACAACAGGAAGUAGCAGGCGUUUGGUACCCUGGGUUUGUCACUUCAUCAUCACAGCGUGGUGGAAUGUAUCUUCCCCCAAACACGUCAGUGUGUGUGUGAUAGUUAUUUAUCUAUUGAAGAUAAAGUGUACAGUCAUGA